ACUAUCAGACAGGAUUUGGGCCGAUCCAACAGAGCCCGUGGGUGGUAGCCAUUUUGCUCCCACCUAAAACACUAGUUUCAUUCGGAAUCGAAGAUGGAAGAAAUAGAACCGACAGCAAGUCCAAAAUCUCAACAAUUCUGAAACCCAGGAAUACAGACGGAUAUCAAGGCACACACGGAUAACAUCACAACAAAAUUGCGAUUUGGGGAGCGAUGACAUCUGAACCAUCCGCCGUCCACUCUGAGUAGCCUAGAUUGGAGUCGAUCAGCCUCAGCUUAGUUCAAUUUAACAGCUAAUGUAUUGUAUUUUUUGCAAUGAAAAAUAGUUAACAUACUUAAUUCUGAACACAAAGAACGAUAGGGCGGACGCCCUGCUGCCGAGGAGCGUUAUAGGGAAAUACAUGUCAUUAAAUUCUGUCUGCGUCUUCGGGACAUCUUGAGACACAUUUGGAUUGGAUGGACCGAUGUUGAGACAGUUGCCGAAUUCAUGGUUUGUGUCCAAAUGCAAGAAUACAAUCGCCUCCCCUCGUAUUGCCAAAGGAGGUGCAGAAUAUAGGGAAAUAGACAACAUUUCAACGAGAAAAUGUCAACAAAAACUCCUCUACCUACAGUCAAUGAGAAAGAGACGGAGAGCCAUACGUCUCACAGCAAUGGGCGCCAGGAGGUCACCGCUCGCUCUGUCCGCUCAGGGGUCCGCACCCGGAACUCUGGUGCCGACGAGCAGCCUCAUGUGGGGAACUACCGACUCCUGAAGACCAUUGGGAAGGGCAACUUCGCCAAGGUCAAGCUGGCCCGUCACAUCCUCACUGGCAGAGAGGUGGCGAUAAAGAUUAUCGAUAAGACACAACUGAACCCAAACAGCCUUCAAAAGCUCUUCAGAGAAGUAAGAAUAAUGAAGAUUUUAAACCACCCAAAUAUAGUCAAGCUGUUUGAGGUGAUCGAGACAGAGAGGACGCUGUACCUGGUGAUGGAGUAUGCCAGUGGAGGAGAGGUCUUCGACUACCUUGUUGCACACGGAAGGAUGAAGGAAAAAGAGGCCAGGGCUAAAUUUAGACAGAUCGUUUCUGCUGUGCAGUACUGCCACCAGAAGCACAUUGUUCAUAGAGACCUGAAGGCAGAGAACCUGCUGCUGGAUGCAGACAUGAACAUUAAGAUAGCGGACUUUGGCUUUAGUAAUGAGUUCACCAUGGGGAACAAGCUGGACACGUUCUGUGGCUCCCCACCCUACGCCGCCCCGGAGCUGUUUCAGGGGAAGAAGUACGAUGGGCCCGAGGUGGACGUCUGGAGCCUGGGGGUCAUCCUCUACACACUGGUCAGCGGCUCUCUGCCCUUCGAUGGGCAGAACCUUAAGGAGCUUAGGGAGAGGGUUCUGAGGGGGAAAUAUCGUAUCCCCUUCUACAUGUCCACAGACUGCGAGAACCUCCUCAAGCGCUUCCUGGUGCUCAACCCGGCCAAGCGGGGGACUCUCGAGGUGAGGGAGGACAGCGAAAAUGUAAAUAUUCAACACUUUAUUCUCUCCAUCCAUCUGCCAUCUGUCGAUUCGCCUGCCUGCCAUCUGUCCCUCCGCCUGCCUGCCAUCUCUCCAUCGGCCUGCCUGCCAUCUCUCCAUCGGCCUGCCUGCCAUCUCUCCAUCGGCCUGCCUGCCAUCUCUCCAUCGGCCUGCCUGCCAUCUGUCCAUCGGCCUGCCUGCCAUCUGUCCAUCGGCCUGCCUGCCAUCUGCCCAUCCGUCUGCCUGCCAUCUGUCCAUCCGCCUGCCUGCCUGCCAUCUGUCCAUCCGCCUGCCUGCCUGCCAUCUGUCCAUCCGCCUGCCUGCCAUCUGCCCAUCCGCCUGCCUGCCAUCUGUCCAUCCGCCUGCCUGCCAUCUGUCCAUCCGUCUGCCUGCCAUCUGUCCAUCCGCCUGCCUGCCAUCUGUCCAUCCAUCCACCUCUCCAUUCCUUGGGCCGGCAUCUGCUCAACACACUGCUCUCUUUUUCAAAUCAUGAAAGACCGCUGGAUCAAUGCGGGAUCGGAGGACGACGAGCUCAAGCCUUUCGUAGAACCAGAACAGGACAUCGCAGAUCAGAAGAGAAUAGAUGUAAUGGUGGGGAUGGGCUUCUCUCCAGAGGAGAUCCAGGAGUCUCUGGCCAAGAUGAAGUAUGACGAGAUCACUGCCACCUACCUACUGCUGGGGAGGAAGUCUUCUGAGCUGGAGCCCAGUGUUUCAACCUCCAGCAGCAACCUGUCCCUGGCUAAACCCCGGCCCACCAGCGAGCUCAAUGGCCAGUCCCCCUCACACCUCAAAGUCCAGCGGAGCGUCUCCUCCAACCAGAAACAGAGACGCUACAGUGAUCAGGUGGGUCAGAAUGUUCCCCCAGGUUCAGGACACCCUAAGAGGAGUCAGACCAGCACGGCCGAAAACAACAUCAAAGAGGAGGGAGGGCGCAGUGUCCCCGGGGGGCGCUGUGUCCCCCCACCCAGCCCCUUGCUGGGGAACGCCAACAACCCCAACAAGGCUGAUAUUCCCAAUGGCAGGAAGGGGGUUCCCACUGUUCCCAACAGUUUCUGUUCCACCCUGCAGAAUAACACUGGCUCUGACGGGAUGACGAGGAGAAACACGUAUGUGUGCAGCGACAGGAACGCUAUGGACUGUCUCUCUGUCAUUCCCAAUGGGAAAGAGAACAGUGUGGCUGUGUCUCCUGGCCAGCGGAACCCCGUGGCAUCCACCCACAGCAUCACCAACGCCACCACGCCAGACAGACUACGUUUCCCACGAGGCACGGCGAGCCGCAGCACCUUCCACAGUGGUCAGCUGAAGGAGCGCCGCACGGCCACCUACAACGGGCCCCCAGCCUCACCCACCCUGUCCCAAGACACAGCGCCCCUUUCCCAGACCCGCAGCCGCGGCUCCAGUAACCUCUUCUCCAAACUCACCUCCAAACUCACACGCAGAAACAUUUCAUUUGGGUUUACGAAAAGGGUCAGUAUUGACCCGACCAAACGGCAGACGGCCAAAUCAGGGCCUGCCGUCCCUUCUGCCCAGGGAGCAAAGACUCUUAAGUCUCAACCGAGUUUGAAAGAAACGGGAGAUUUGAGAGCUCAAGUCGCCAUGUACCUGGGGAUCAGAAAGGGGAAAGUAAAGACAGUGAACCCCGCUCCCUCAGAUUCACUUGGAGUAUGAGGACCACCAGCUCCAUGGAGCCUUGUGACAUCAUGCGGGAGAUACGCAAGGUGCUCGAGGCCAACAAUUGUGACUACGAACAGCAAGAGUGUUUCCUGCUGCUCUGUGUCCAUGGCGAUGCUGAGAACCUGGUCCAAUGGGUGAUGGAGGUGUGCAAGCUGCCCCGCCUCUCCCUCAAUGGCGUGAGAUUCAAGAGGAUAUCAGGCUCAUCAAUCGCUUUUAAAAACAUUGCUUCCAAAGUCGCCAAUGAGUUAAAGCUAUGAACAAAAAGGGUAAAACUAUAUCUAGAAAGUAUAAGCUGUACAAUCUUUUUUUUUUACAAAAUACUGAGUAUGUAUUGAAUGAGUGUGGCAAUAAUCACUGAAUUACUAAUAACUACGGUAUAUAAUCUGGUCAUCAGGAGUUGUAUAUGGUUUGUCAUACUGAGAAAAUUGACCAAAAUAGCAUUUGUCUUUGAUAUUAUUUGUCAUCUCAUGAAAGUUAACCUUUUCAGAGUAAGUCAUGAAUCUGACUUUCAAGACAGCCACACAUUGUUAUACACAAUUUCUUUAACUUCAAAGAAUAUAUAAGAGAUGGAGUUCAUGUAAAUGCUCACAUGGUAGGAUCACCAGUGUCUCAAUAAAAUUCUGUAAACUUGA